GCAGACCGGAGGGGCCCCUGGUGAGCACGUUGCUCAGUCUGCGCGCGUUUGGCAGCAGCGGCUCCUGGAGAGCUUGGUAGACUCCGUCCCAGUAAAGCGCGGGCACGAGGCGCACAAGGUGAGAACCUGCGCGAGCACAAAGACAUUGCGGUUGACCAGGUGUGUUGGCAGGCUGUGAGCCACUGCUGCACACUUUGGCAAGCUCUGUAACUUACCAACAGAUCCGCGUCUGGGAGAUCCCAAACUGUUGUACCAGCCGUCAAAGCGAGGAACCUCCCAGGUUAUUUCACAGCGUGAAUCUGUGCAAGACAUAUGGAGUUUAUCAGCCUUCCCCACCGUCACUCUCUAGGUUUCUAGGUCUAGGAGUUGCUGAAUAUGAAGUACAGCUGUUGUCUACUUACCCUCACUGACUAUGAGCAGUAAGCCAACCGCUGCGCAGAUACUCCAAAUCCUUUUACGCAAAUCCAUUGAUGCGAGAGAUGCUCCUCAGCUCAGUCUGCAGCCAAGAGGAGUGAAGGACUACUGAAAAGUGAAGCCAAGUUAAAGCAUUCCAGUCAAUGCAUCCUCCUCCUUGGUGACAAAGGGGAUCGGAGCUAUAAAAGAAGUGUAUGUUCCCUCUACAUUCACACUUCACGCUUCACUCUUCGUCAUCGUCGAGUCUUCGUGUCACAACUCUCAGUCUCAGCGAAGGAGCAAAGAUGACUUUCUACGAUGACAUUUACCCAUUCUACCCUCUACAAAGGACCUCCUUCAUCUUCAACGGCAGCUUGCUUACCAUUAUUCUGGUCUUCCUUGUGCUAGCAGCCGGACUUCUUCUCAUUCUGCCAGGGAUACGCGGGAAGUCGAGGCUGUUCUGGCUGUUCAGAAUUAUUAUCAGCUUGUUCAUAGGUGUGGUGAUAGUGGCGCUCAACUUUACCAGCGACUGGGCUGAGGCCAGAAUGACCACUAAUGCCACCUACAAGUCUUUCAGCAACGCAGUGGUUAACGCUGACAUCGGCUUGCAUGUGGGGCUGUACGGCAUUAACGUGACACUGAAGGGGAAUCCUGUUGUGCAAUUCAAUGAGACUAUUGACUACAAUGAGAUGUUCAGCUGGCGCGACACUAUUGAAGACGAGUAUGAGGAAGCUCUGGAGAAAGGUCUACCCAACCCCAUCCUGUACAUCGCUGAGAAAUUCACCCUGCACAGCCCGUGUGGACUCAUCUUUCAGUACAGAUACUCUGGAAGAUACGCCUCUGCAACCCUCUGGACUGCGUUUUGCUGCUGGAUGGUCGCCAAUAUCCUCUUCUCCAUGCCGGUCAUUCUGUACGCCGGCUACAUGAUGAUGGCCACUGCUGCCUUCAUCUUCUUCUCCAUGGCCUCCUUCUCCACCAUCAUGAACGUGCCACAGUGUGUUUUCUCCAUCGGGACCGACUCCUUUGAAACAGGCUACAGCCAUUCAUUCUGGCUGGCUCUGGCUACAGGUGUGCUGUGCACCAUCAUCGGGAUUCUGGUGGUGAUGUUGAAUUACUUUAUACCAGAGAAGAUGAAAGAGGCUUUCAGUGUCGGCGUUGACAGUUAUGAAGACGAGGAUGUUUCUUACGGGAAGGGAUACCUGAACUCAGUUUUUCUUGAUGGAGUGACAAUUUCACCACUGACAUCAAAAGUCACAACGGAGCACGUAUGAAGCCGUCCUGGUUUCCCUCAGGGAGCUUUUCCAGCCAGUACUUGAAGAUAUUUUUGGUGAAUGUGUUACAGAUGGAGUGUCUAAUAUCACACCUGUUUUAAUUAUCUAUGUGAGCCUGUUAAGUAGGGGUGGGGGAAAAAAUUGAUUCAGCAUAUGAUCACGAUAUUUUGGAUGCAGAUAUUGUAUCGAUAGAUGGACACCAGGUCCUGAUUUUUUAUUAUAUAAAUUAUUAAUAUUGCUAAUACAAAUUAAACUUUUGGUAGAGUACUAGAAUAAUAAAAUGAGUUGCUUUUUCAGUCCACUAGAUACAUUUUGUUGCACUAGAAAUGAUUAAAAUGAAAUGAACUGACUGAAAACUUUAUCUCAUCAGAUAAAAAUUGACAAAGUUUGAAUUUGGGGACGAAAUUUGCCGUUGGAAAAAAAAAAAGGUUAUUGCAUGGCAGUGUAUUGCAAUAAAUGUUGUUGCAUAACUUAGCAUAUUGCAAAAUAAUAUUAUAUUGUGAGUUAAAUAUCGUGAUAAUAUCGUAUCGUGGACCCUCUGGUGAUCCCCACCCCUACUGUUAAGUGUUAUAAAUGAUUUCACUGUAAAUAGUUGUAUUUCUAAAGUUCAUUGUCAUGUUGCAGUAGCUGUUGAGUGCAAUAUAUAUAAAGUUGUAUGGGAUCCAUACACUGUGUAUAUACACUGAUCAAUAAAGAUUAUAGAUCUGUUGUUGUUUAACUCUAAUUUCAUUGUAAAUGAAAGAUGAGACUAAUUGUUAGUUUGAUACUGAUUACUGUUUG